AUGAGAGAAGAAGUCCUGGUCCGUUACUGGACAGAAAGACUGGGCCGAUUUGAAUUCAAGUGGAACACGGACAAGAGGAGAGGGACUUCCAGAGGAGAUCAUCCCAAACUAACCAGCACUACUUCGCCUUGGCCGUUACUCCGCGCACAAGCAUGCAGUUGUUUUCUGUUCGGGACAAAACCGCAGCGUAAGUGAUGUUUAUUCACCAAAUGCGUGUGGUUUUAUAAAUAAAGCGUUGUGUAUUAUGAAUAAAGCCCUACGUUCCGUCAAGCACUGUAAUGGCUUAUCAUACCAUGCUGUCCAAACUGUGCUGCUCAUGGAAAACUCUUUGUCCUCUGUAACAGGAGCAUUGGUUCAGUUGGGCAUAGCAGGGCACAUAACCCAAAUACUGGGUUUCAGCACCUCCAGAAUAUAG